CAAAAAGAAGCACAUCGUAGGCGUGCAAGUGAAAUUCCCAUGGACAACUGUCUGACUCCACUGUGCAGAUUCAAAGCUCUACAGGCUUUCAAAUAAGAGGAUCUGUGGUUAGACUGACUAAGAAGAGUCGUCAUGUGUACCAAUCCGUUCUCGAGUCAGGAGAGGCAACACUUCCCUGAGUUCAGCCCCAUGUUCAAUAAGACACCGUCAAGCUGUGAGAAGAACAACACUUUCCGCUGGUCCAUUGACAACAUUGCUCGACUGAAACCUACUGAGAUUGCCACUGACCCAGCUACUCUGGUCAAGACAAAUGGACACAGCCCCCGUGAUGACUAUGAUGCUCAGAGAGCCGUGGACACGUUUUUCUCUCAGAAGAUCAUCCUCCCCUCUCCCUGGCCAGUGUCUCGCCACCAAGCCAAGCAGACCUACCCUCCAGGGGACUCCUCUUCACCUGGCCUGACCAGACCCUCCAGUCAGAAGAAGGUCACCUUCUCACCUCACCCUCCAGCCACUGCAUUUAUCAGAGUGGAGAGUUUGGUUGAGUCUGACAUGAGGGACUCUGGAACUGUAGACGCUGGUACGCAGACAAUGCUGACUUUCCCGAUUACAUUUGACCUUGAGAAGCUAGUGAUGGCAGCGUACCAUGGUAAAGCCACACCCACUGAGUGUCUGGAGGAGGGGGAAGGAAGGGACGUGGGAAACUGCUCAUUGAGGAGGAAGCUCUUUGGACAGCCAGAGAGACAGGACUCGACCAGCCCUACACCAGAGCAGGAGAACAUGCAGCUAUCAGAGAUAUCACUGUGGACACCUAACAUUUCAGAAAGUUCCAAUGACUCCCCGUUCAUUUACAUUACGGAGGCAACUGAUGGAGGCGGCAACAAAGAUGAACACAACCCAGCCUUCUCGUCACUCGUGUUGAAAUCGCCUAGCGGAGAUUUGCCAGACUUUUCCCCGAUCUGUGACCAGACCUCGUCUUGUGGAGCUGUGAGACAGCUGCCUGUGUUCUCUCCCAUUGGCACUGUGCCCGUCACUCCAAACAACAAGGGUGCAUUGCUGACACACGAUCACAGUCCUCUCACUACAACUGUGUCCCCAAUUGGAGUGCUCCCCAAUUGUCCUUUGACCUGUAGGACUACGCCCACAGCGAGGGUGAAGGAGAGUGACCGAGGCUCCGCCUGUACAUCCACCCCCAACACUGCAGUAACAAAGCGCCAGCUGAUAGCCUCUCCCUUUGCCAGCCCUGUACUGAAACAUCCGUGUACCUCUCGCUCCGAUAUUGACCCCGAGCCCCUGUCACAUGACAACUAUCACGCUGUAAUCACUGGCGAACCAAUCAGAACUGAGGAGCCUUCAUCCGAUCAUGAUUCAUCACAAGAACUAGCAGAACCAUUAUCUCUCGAUGAUCUUCGAACUGAAACAUUUGAUUUGACAAACAUUACGUCGACUUCAUGUACCGGCUUCUUCACCAAUCUUGGUCUCGAUGAUAACAGCCAAGCUGCUAUGGAAACCCAAAGCCACACCCACACUCAUAGGAGUAAUUCGCCGAUGCAACCCUGGGCCCCACACCACCCCAAGGCACACUCCACUAUGGUCAAUUCCCAAAUCAAAUUCAACGAUCCAACUACUUCCAAUGCCAGUGAACAGCCACAAGGAAUCUCUCUAAUACCCACCGUGUCUCGUUCCAAUACCAUAGGUGUUGAUUCCGGUGUGACUGCUCCUAUGUCUCAUUCCAGUACUAUGGGUGUUGAUUCCGGUGUUGCUGGCUCUGUGGAAUACAAUCCAAGCAUGAACUUAUCGAACAGCAAGCUGUUGGGUCACAGUGAAUUAGUUUCAUUUUCAGAUGGUAGCAGGAAAACAGAAUCUAUUGUCAUGGCAAGUGUUGAUAAAAAUGGCGGAUUAGACACCUUCAAAACUCCUACGCACGAACUAGGUACAAUACGAGAACCUAACAUCAAUUCAAACAUCAGAACAGCCUCUGAUAUCGUGGACAGUGGGCUGGUGUUUUCACCCGGUACACCACUUGGUGUGGAUAGUUGGUCAAGAGGGGGAAUGGUUCCCACUCCUCGUUCAUACCACACCCCCUUCGCUGCAUUGAGAGGGGCGCAAAACCACCUCACAUCGCAAUCUGUACUUCCUUCACGUCUACAAGUGCCGUCAGCCUCUUCUUCAUCUUUGUUGCCUCUCAUGAAUCACUCACCCGGAUGCUACACUCUACAGUCACCUGGUACCAGGUAUAACAAAACGCCGAGGGGGCCCUCUCCGAUUGGUCAGUUACUGCACAAGACUCCACCCAGUAGGUACACCAAGUUUGGGGGCAUGGCUCCGUCUCAUGUGACCUCUUCAAGUGUUCUACCUGACGAAGUAUUGAGGAAGAAAAAAGCUCUGAAAGCUCGUCUCCAGUUUAGCUCUGGCUCCAUCUGUCAGAAAGACCCACUCAAGGACAUUACCUCUAUGCAAACAAGGGUCCCUAACAGACCAGGGGGCGUGCCUCGGACCAGAACCCCCCCGACCAAUAAGAACUACUCUCCAUUCUCACACACUCUCAUCUCUCCCAUACGAUCCUCGUUCCUAAGCAACAUGACGUCGACCACUCCCAAAUCACCGCUGCAUCGAUACAGUCCACUUCACAAGGAGAAUAUUGAAAUCCCUUGGAGAACGCGUACUUAAUCAGACAUGUACACAUAAUUAUAAUAAUAUUAAUAUCUGCUAUGUAGCAACUGCAUGCCUCAGGCUCUUUGUGUACACAUUCUUCUGUUGUUUUUAUCAUGUAUUGCCAGGUGUACGUAUUAAUUUUCUCACGACCACUUUA